AUGAAGGUGCGGAUGGUUCAGUCCAAAGGUUCCAGAGGUCUCCGAUUGGCCAGCGCCGUGGCAGCACCUCUGAAUUUCCCCGCCUCCCAGAUCUUCACCAACUGUUACUACUUUCCCUCUGAGUUCUCAUUGGUUGCCACGGUGAAGAUUCAGACACUGAGACAGAAGACAAAUGAGUACAUCUUCUCUGUGGUGAGGGAGGGAUCUGAUUCGCUGUUGCUGGGGUUACGAGUGUCUAAGAACCGCCUCCACUUCUUGACCACAUCCCCUGGCCCUGGUGGGCGGAGCCGAAUGACUUUUAAGGACGUUGGAUUGGACAAUAACCGCUGGCACACAGUGGUGCUGGCUGUCACCGGGCCGUACGCCACGCUGACUGUCGACUGUGGACUUCCUCUGGAGCUUAAACAGGUCCAGCCCUUCCCCAGCCAUCUGAGCACCAGAGGGUCCCGGUUCUUCGUCGGCAGCAGGGGGCGGUGGAGGGGGCGCUUCUCCGGUUUACUGCGGCAGCUGGUGCUGCUACCCGGUUCGGACGCCACGCCCAGACUGUGUCCCUCGCCCGACCCCGCUCUGACUGAGCUGUCCAUCCCUCAGGUCCUGAAGACCACCCCCUUCCAGCCGGACCAGCAGGGACCAGUUUACACCUAUG